AGUACUAAUCAAUCCGUGUCACUCCCCAAGCAAACAGCUCCUGCCGUCCACUGCUAUUGUCAUCUCUAAUGAGGAAACAGGAGUUAGUAACUUUCCCAAGACAGCCCCAUAAGCAAAUGCACCCUUGAGAUUUGGGCGUUUGCUUUCCCUCCAAGCAGGCAUGGCUGCCUGACUCCAGCCUGACCCCCUCUUCUACAGCCCUGCUCUGCCACUGUGACAUGGAGGGAGUGACCUGGGGCCUUCUCUUCACGCUGGCAGGCCUGCCUGCCUUGGAAGCCAAUGACCUGUUUGAUAAAGACAGUUCCUUCUACUAUGACUGGGAAGGCCUGCAGCUGGGCGGGAUGAUCUGCGCAGGGCUCCUGUGCAUCGCUGGAGUCUUGUUCGCCCUCAGUGGCAAAUGCAAAUGCAAGCACAAUCAGAAGUAGAGCCCCUUACUGAGAAAGCUGUUCCACUCAUCACUUCAGGCCCUGCGGACCUGCUGAGCACCGGACCAGCUUCAUGGAACUACCAGUGCCAGCUCCCAUGCUGUGCCCUCCCCACUUGGGGGCCUUUCUCUCUAAGAGUUGGCUCUUAGGCUCCCUUCUG